CCAGCCUAAUGAUGUCACGUUUCCAGAACCGACCAAGUUCGUGUGGUCAUCGCAGGAGAGUGAUGAUCAUUCUGAUCCAUUUCUACGCCGCCUCGAGCACGGAAUGGGAGAUUUAUCUCUCGUGGUGGGAGAUACGGAUUGAGGAAGCAUGCGCAGACAGUGAUGAGACACGAAGAGAAUAUGCAACAGCCUGGCUUAUCUCCGCAAUCGAAUUCUUCUUUUCUAGAAAAUUCCAGCGAUGAGGUAUCAAACUCAAGGAAGGGCGUGUGGAAGGGAAAGCAGAAGGAUAACGGAUUUGGUGAUU